AUGGAGAAAGCUACGAAGCUUCACUUCUACUAUCACGGCGAAGCAGGUCGCGAAGGAGAGAAACAAAAAUGUCAUUUUUGUCAGAUUCGUUCUUUCGCGACGCAUACCCGCUAUCCAGUGACUCUAGUCAAUACGGAAGACAACGCUGCGCUGGAUCCCGAUUUUCGGUUUGUGGAUAAAUCCAUCCUCGGUAAAGAUGUGGAACCAACUAGGGAAGAGUUCCUCACCGGCUGCGAGUGCGCUGACUCGGAAGAUUGCCAGUAUAGCACUUGCAACUGCCUUCAGGAUGUUGAUGACGAUAGUUCGGAUGAGGAAAACGGGGAUGGCACAUAUGGCGACGGACCUCGGAAGAAAGUAUACGCCUAUCAUUCGCACGGUGUUAAGGCCGGGCAUUUACGUUCUAAAAUUCUCACAUCACGAAAUCCCAUCUACGAGUGCCAUGAAAGCUGUGCUUGUGGUCCGGAUUGCCCCAAUAGGGUUGUAGAGAGGGGUCGGAGGAUACCGCUGCAGGUCUUCAGAACUAGGAAUCGUGGCUGGGGCGUGCGGAGUACGGCGGACGUUAAGAAAGGUCAAUUCGUCGACAAGUACAUGGGCGAGAUUAUCACUGCGCAGGAAGCUAAUCACCGGCGGGCCAAAUCCCACAUAGCGGAGCGUAAAGACGUUUACCUCUUCGCACUGGACAAAUUCUCAGAUCCGGAUUCGUAUGACGAUCGUCUCCGUGGACCACCGUUAGAAGUGGAUGGAGAAUUCAUGUCUGGUCCAACUCGAUUUGUCAAUCAUUCUUGCGAUCCAAAUAUGCGCAUCUUUGCGCGGGUGGGCGAUCAUGCCGAUAAACACUUACAUGAUUUGGCACUGUUUGCAAUUAGAGAUAUCCCGCGGGGUGAGGAACUGACGUUUGACUAUGUGGAUGGGGUUGAUGAUUCAGAAAACGAUGCGCUUGAUCCGGAGAAACAGAAGGACAUGACGCGUUGCCUGUGCGGGAGCAAGCGUUGUAGGGGGUACCUUUGGUAA